AUGGCAGAAGGAAAAGCUGUCGGUAUUGAUUUGGGGACGACAUACUCAUGUGUCGGUGUAUGGCAAAACGAUCGAGUUGAAAUUAUUGCAAACGACCAGGGUAAUCGUACGACACCUUCAUAUGUCGCUUUUACCGAUACAGAGCGUCUGAUUGGUGACGCAGCCAAAAACCAAGUCGCCAUGAAUCCUUAUAAUACUGUAUUCGAUGCCAAACGUCUUAUUGGUCGCAGAUUUGGCGAUGCUGAAGUGCAAUCGGAUAUGAAGCAUUGGCCAUUUAAAGUUAUGGAUAAGAACUCUAAACCAUAUAUUCAAGUCGAAUUUAAGGGUGAAACUAAACAAUUUACACCUGAAGAAAUAUCGUCUAUGGUUUUGCUAAAAAUGAAGGAAACUGCCGAAGCCUUCCUUGGUACAAAGGUUACAAAUGCAGUUAUUACAGUUCCUGCAUAUUUCAAUGACUCACAACGUCAAGCUACGAAAGAUGCCGGUAUGAUUUCUGGAUUAAAUGUUCUCCGUAUUAUCAACGAACCUACGGCUGCGGCUAUCGCUUACGGUUUAGAUAAGAAGGCCGCCGGUGAACGAAAUGUGCUGAUCUUCGAUUUAGGUGGUGGUACUUUUGAUGUUUCUCUUUUAACCAUUGAAGAAGGAAUUUUCGAAGUUAAGGCUACUGCCGGUGAUACACAUCUUGGGGGUGAAGACUUUGAUAAUCGUCUUGUUAAUCACUUUGUUCAAGAAUUUAAACGAAAAUUCAAGAAGGAUCUUACUACAAAUGCUCGAGCAUUACGUCGUCUACGAACUGCUUGUGAACGUGCAAAGCGUACUUUAUCUGCAUCAGCUCAAACUUCGAUCGAAAUUGUUUCACUUUUUGAAGACAUCGACUUUUACACUUCCUUAACUCGUGCUCGAUUUGAGGAACUAAAUCAAGAUUU